CAUCUUCCGUGCUGCUGCGCUGAUCCGAACUUGAAAACGAAGGAAUCGAAAUUAUUGAAGUCUGAAGAUGGCACUUUUUCACAAAAUUUUUCGAUUCGGGGCAGUCGCUGCCAGAGCUACCCCGCGGUCUUUGUCUACGGUAUGCUCUCGUGUAACUCUGCCGAAACCUCUGGCGUCAUCACAAGCAGCAUCCGCUGGUGAACUCGGACAUUGGGCAAGGUUUUGCAAACGAAGACAAAUAUCCACAAGUUGCCAUCUGAAUGUGGCUAUUCAGGAGCCAGCACCCGACUUUGAAGGAACAGCAGUUAUUGAUGGUCAGUUCAAAGACAUCAAACUUUCAGAUUACAAGGGAAAAUACCUGGUCCUUUUUUUCUACCCUCUAGAUUUUACCUUUGUGUGUCCAACUGAAAUAAUUGCUUACAGUGACAGAGCAGAUGAAUUCAGAGCCAUUAAUACAGAAGUCGUAGCGGCUUCGAUCGAUUCACAUUUUUCACACUUGGCUUGGAUCAAUACACCGAGAAAGCAAGGAGGUCUUGGUCAGAUGAAGAUCCCUCUACUCUCUGAUAUGAAGAAACAGAUUGCUGAAGACUAUGGAGUACUCCUUAAGGAUGCUGGUAUUGCAUUAAGAGGAUUGUUCCUCAUUGACCCUGAGGGCAUAGUUCGUCACAUGAGCAUCAAUGACCUUCCUGUUGGACGAUCAGUGGACGAGACUCUGCGAUUGGUCAAGGCCUUCCAGUUUGUUGCUGAGCAUGGAGAGGUCUGUCCUGCUGGCUGGACACCAGAUUCAGAAACUAUCAAGCCUGAUCCAGAGGGUUCCAAGUCAUACUUUGAGAAAGUAAACUAAUUCUGUCACCCAUUGCCCUGUCCUUACAUCACCAUGACCAGCUCCGCCCAUCUUCCAAUUGCACUCCUCACUUAUCCAGCCCAAGGAAAAUUAUCAGAUGACAUUGACCCAUCACAGGAUAGUGUAAUGUAUGCUCUAUAUUUCAUUAUAAUUUGAAAUAAGAAAAGUAGUUCUGAAGAAACAGUUGUUAUUUUUUUCUUAACUGAGGCUAUUUUCUUUUUCUGAACAAUAAUAAUAAUACAAAACAUCAAUAGGGCGCUUAAUACGGGCGUUUCUAAGCGUGCUGUGUUCUGUAUUUAACUUUACUUGGGAAAAAAAUUCAGUAAGCAUAAUAUAACAAAGUGUGACAAAAAUCAUUAAGAGAGAAGAAAAAUACUAUCAGAUUAAAACUGGUGUGCACCUCCAAUGACCGACCGACAACUGGGAUUCAUUGAUUGAAAAGGUAUGUUUUGAAAAGGUUGAUUGAAAAUGUAUCUUUCUUACUUGUAUUCAUGCCAAAUUACGCUUUAAAGUGAAUGCAUUAGCAAUCUUUUAGUGCACUUUUGAAAUUUACAAGGGUUAUUAUGACACUUUGGAGAUGAAUUGUACGUUACCCCUGUAAUUUUCUCUUGUCAUUGGUGUCUGCCAUACUGAUUCUAUUGCUGUUAUACCGGUAUUCAAUUUUCAUUCAAUAUAUGCAAGUUAUUAUUAUGUAUUAAAACACUCACCCAUCAUGUUUUCUGCUAUAUGAUUUACAUGUCAGCAUUAUUGAUUUUUUUUAUGUGUUAAUCCAUGAUUUCCUUGUGAAUUCAUUGUGUACAUGUAUGAUACAAAAUAAAAACAGUUUGGAAUAAAUAAGGAAAUUCCUCAUUGUUAAAAAAAAACACUGAUCCCAUAUAGAUAUUAAAUAAGACAAAUAUUUUUUUUUCCAUAUAAGGAUGGAUUUAUGUGAGAAAUAGUAUUCAAGAAAGUUAUAUUCUGUCAUUUCUGUUUUCAUUUACCUCUGUUAUCUUUUGUGUGUGAUUAAAUCAACUUGAUAAAGUGCUUAAAUUAUUGAGGGCUAUACAGGUAUUUAAUUAUCAGUUCUUGAAAUUGCAUUCAGUAUUACAAUCAGAGAAUAUACAUGUACACUCUUGCCUAUA